UGAGCACGACAUAGACACAGUGCCCAGUGACUCUGUUUUUUAACCUCACGAUGAAUAAUAGUCAGGAAGUGCAGAGGGCUUUGACUUUAAUUCGUUCUGUUCCUCUUACUCCCCCUGAGCAUAAGCUGCUUUCAUGCUUCGUGAGAGACGCUGUCGACCCCAAAGCUGCAGCCCUGUAUGUCCUUCAGCAAGCUUCACAAGGAGACACAAAGGACAUUGAAUUUGAGUUACGUCACAUAUUAACAGAGUGGAAGCAGUUAGUAAAACGAUUCACAUUGCCCACGAAGAUAUCCACAAAUACAAAAUUAUUGGUUUCUAUACGCGAUGAUAAUUGUUGUUGUAUUACAAAACAGUCAAGAGAGUGGUGGGAUGUGCUUGGUUGGACUCGGACAGGGCCCAUUCGUCUUGUUCCAGACGAAGUUAUUGCCGGCUUAGACGACGCUGCCCACGCUUCAUUGCGGGAGCUACUCGCUGCCUUUCUUACCGAGGGUCACCUUCGACGCUUGAUAAGGUCCUUGGACUUGCCAUCAGACGAUAUUAAUCAGCUCAAGAACACUUUGACACUACAAGAAAGUGUCGCAACUCUAUUUAUAAAUGGGCAAAUUAAAGUUGAACCAGAGCGUGUUGCUGACGAAUCAGCUGAUGACAGCAUGGAGACGAAAGGCCUGUAUGAACUGACGAUGGUAAUGCCCCGCCCUUUCCCUGUACUGAAGAGCAAGAAAGGGCGGCGUCUGUAUGCUAACGACAACCUCAUUAUCUCGACCACCGACGCCAAAACCAUGCCUCUCCCAGACUCUUUUCUUCUUGCUCUACGUGCCCGCUUUUGCAACUCCCUACGAUGUCUUCAAAUAGAAGAUGAGAUGCAGCUCGGAUGGCCUGAAAAUACACUUCGGCACAAGUUUCAAAGAAUUUGUCGCAGGAUGAUUGAACCGGCCGUUCCUCUCCUCAGGCACUCAUGGCUUUAUCUUCCCCGGUCAUUUCGAAUCCUCACUUAUCGAUUGCUCUUGAAUGUGGGCGUCAGAAUCUAUGGGAAACAGCUUGCUUGGGUCCAGCGUGUUCCUUUUGGCUUAUAUAUCAAGCAUGGCCGCGGCAAUAUUGUUUCUAAAGGAGAAGCGCCCGCAUUAAGACUCAUCGAGCAGUAUGCAGAUAUCCCGGCGCCGAAGGUUAUAGAUGUUCUUACUGUUGAGAACUACACAUAUCUUGUAAUGACACGCCUGCCAGGCGUGCCUCUCCUGGAAGGGCUACCUCGAAUGUCGUACCCAGAAAGGACACAGCUGGCUCUCGAUCUCCGGAAUUGCUUCUCUCAGUUUCGACGGAUCCCGAACCCGAACUCCACGGCGAUCUGCAAUGCGAACGGGGGGCCCGUGUUCGACUAUCGGCUUCCAGUGAGUUCAAAAACAGCGGGCCCAUUCCAAUCUGAGGAGGAGUUCAAUAGAUUUCUUAUCACGCAGCCGCGGCUAAAGUCUGCGAUACAUGACCGCUCCCAUAAAAUAUAUUUCUCGCAUGCGGACCUGAGUCCUACCAACAUUCUCGUAAGUGCUGGGAAAUUGUCAGGCUUGGUUGACUUUGCUUGUGCUGGCUUUUAUCCAGAGUAUUGGGAGUAUACCAAAGGGGUUAAUGGACACUUCGGUCCGGACACUUCAUUUAUUGACCUCUUGUUCGAAACGUUCGAGGGUUCAUACGAGGAAGAGUUAAAAGCAGAGCAGAAGCUCUGGGAGUUUGUAACCCCUUGGUAAUAGGCUAAUAUCGAAGCGCUUGCUGAUGCACGGAGAAUAAUAAAUGGCUUCCACUUAAUCCUGUCGUUCGAGGAAUGGCGGCUCUUGUGAGGCUCACACUUCAUAAGCAGAUAGAUAGACACUGCUACAGGUGGUUGCAGGCGUUUAUGCUGCCAGUUUUCUGUACAUGGUUUAAUUGCUAAUGAUAGUAGUACCGCGUUGGACAUGCUUGUAGCGAUAAAAUUGAUUCGACCU